AUGGCGGCGCCAAACGGGGUCGGGACCGUGGAGCUGCCGGCGCCGGGAAAAGAUGGAGUGGUGGUAGUAGUCCCUCCCCGGGGGAAGAGGAAGGCGGAGGCGGUCGACGUUCGGAGACUGGAUCGCGGCGGGCGGGAGCGCGUUUUGAAAGAAGCGCUGGCCGCCGGCGGCACGACCCCGACAAAAUCGGAAGACAAUUACAAUCUUCUCGCCGCCGUCAAACAACGGCUCGAUAGAGUGGGAAUUGAGGAGCCAAGUGUGGAAGUAAGAUUUGAGAACUUGAAGGUAGUGGCUGCUGAUGUUCAAGUGGGCUCAAGAGCUUUACCAACCCUCGUCAAUGCCGCCCUUGACGCCAUAGAGGAUUUGUUGACCAAAUUACGGAUAUACCGGCCUAAGAGACGUAGUUUGACGAUCUUGAACAACGUCAGUGGCAUUUUGAAACCGGGAAGGAUGGCAUUGCUACUCGGACCGCCCGGUUCGGGAAAAUCGAUUUUGUUGAAAGCUCUGGCAGGAAACCUUGACAAUAACUUGAAGGUAACUGGUAGAGUCGCUUACAAUGGAGAGAGCGUCGACGAAUUCUAUGUACAGAGAACCGCGGCUUACGUCAGCCAAACGGACGAUCAUAUCGCCGAGCUCACCGUGCGAGAAACCCUCGAUUUGGCUGCCCGCUGGCAAGGGGCUGGCCAAGAUUUUGCGGGUUGCAUGAAAGAUGUGAUGGAACGGGAAAAGGAGAAGAACCUAGAUACGAGUCCUGAGAUUGAUGCCUUCAUGAAGGCAGCAUCGAUUCGGGGUCAAAAGCACAGCAUAUCAACUGAUUAUGUCCUGAAAAUUCUUGGGCUAGAUACAUGUGCAGAUGCUUUGGUCGGCGAUUAUAUGGUCAGGGGCAUCUCAGGCGGCCAAAAGAAAAGGGUUACAACCGGAGAAAUGAUUGUAGGACCAAGGAAAACGUUUUUCAUGGACGAGAUUUCAACCGGACUAGAUAGCUCCACAACUUACCAAACUGUUAAUUGCUUAGGCAAUUUCGUUCACAUGAGGCAAGGAACUGUGUUGAUGGCUCUUCUUCAGCCUCCUCCCGAGACUUUCGAGCUGUUCGAUGACCUCAUGCUGCUGUCCGAGGGAUACGUGGUGUAUGAGGGACCAAGAACCGAAGUUUUACCAUUCUUUGAGUCUCUCGGGUUCCAGCUGCCCCCCAGAAAGGGUGUUGCAGAUUUCCUCCAAGAGGUGACAUCGAGGAAGGAUCAAGCUCAAUAUUGGGCUGAUAAUUCAAAACCAUAUGUGUUUAUUUCUGUCCCGGAGAUUGCCCAAGCAUUUAAAGAUUCUGUGAUUGGGAGGUUUGUCAGCUCAGCGACUUCUGUUCAGUUUGACAAAGCCAAGGGUCAUCCUGAAGCUUUGUCGAGGACGAAAUAUGCUGCACCGAAGUGGGAAUUGCUUAAAACAUGCUUUCAACGGGAAAUCUUGCUUAUGAAACGACAUCAGUUCUUAUAUGUGUUCAGAACUUGCCAGGUUGCAGUCGUUGGAUUCGUCACUUGCACCAUAUUCACCAGGUUAAGAUUGCAUCCUGAGAGCGAGAUAGAAGGGAACCUCUACCUGUCAUGCCUGUUCUUUGGCCUGGUUCAUAUGAUAUUCAAUGGCUACUCUGAGUUGCCCCUGUUAAUGUUCCGGCUCCCCGUCUUUUACAAGCAGCGGGAUAAUAUGUUCCAUCCUGCUUGGGCAUGGUCGCUGGCUAGCUUCUUGCUGCGUGUUCCGUACUCCAUCAUUGAAUCCGUUAUAUGGUCUGCUGUUGUUUACUACUCCGUUGGUUUUGCUCCUGAGAUAUGGAGGUUCUUUAGGUAUGUGCUGCUACUAUUUUCGGUUCACCAAAUGGCUCUUGGCAUCUUUCGUACGUUAGCGUCAGUUGCUCGGGACAUGGUUAUCGCCACCACUUUCGCGUCGGUCUGUCUGUUGAUCAUCGUCUCGUCGGGUGGUUUUAUUAUCCCAAAAGCUAUGGUAAAGCCAUGGUGGGCUUGGGCGUUUUGGGUUUCGCCGUUGACAUAUGCUCAACGUGCAAUAACUGUGAAUGAGUUUGGUGCUGACAGAUGGAUGAAGAGCUCAACAACUGGAAAUGGUACAGUUGGUGACAAUGUUCUCAAGAACCAUAGCUUACCCUCAGAUGAUCGUUGGUACUGGCUUGGAGUUGCUGUUUUGUUGACUUAUGCAUUGUUUCUCAAUGUCGUCGUGACACUUGCCCUGGCGUUUCUUCAUCCACUCAAAAAGCAUCAAGCUAUUCCUAUUGGUGAUGAUGCUUCAGACGAAGUUGACAACAGUGGGGGCAGGAAGAAGAAAGCAAGUGAAAAGUCCAUGGAAAAGGUCGGAAGGAGAGGGAUGAUCCUUCCUUUCCAACCCCUAGUGAUGACUUUUCGCAAUGUGAACUACUUUGUCGACAUGCCGAAGGAAUUGCGUCGUGGAAAGUCGGGGACACGGCUGCAGCUACUUGCAGAAGUGAGCGGAGUUUUCUCACCUGGUGUUCUUACUGCCAUUGUUGGUCCGAGCGGGGCGGGAAAAACUACUCUACUGGAUGUGCUUGCUGGAAGGAAAACCGGUGGAUAUAUUACCGGAGAUGUAAAGAUAUCAGGACAUCCUAAAGUGCAGAGCACAUUUGCUAGGAUUUCGGGGUAUGUUGAGCAAAACGACAUCCAUUCUCCUCAGGUCACGGUUGAGGAAUCUCUCUGGUUCUCUUCUGCUCUCCGACUCCCCAAAGAAGUCACCAAAGGACAAAGACGAGAAUUUGUUGAACAAGUAAUGGGGCUAGUAGAGCUUGAUACGUUAAGACUAGCUCUGGUUGGGUUGCCUGGUAGUUCUGGUUUGUCGAGAGAGCAAAGGAAACGCUUGACAAUCGCUGUGGAGCUAGUUGCCAACCCCUCCAUCAUUUUCAUGGACGAACCAACAUCUGGGCUUGAUGCAAGAGCUGCAGCUGUUGUCAUGCGAACUGUGCGCAAUACUGUAGACACAGGACGGACUGUGGUUUGCACCAUUCAUCAGCCGAGUAUCGACAUCUUCGAAUCAUUCGAUGAGCUGCUUCUCAUGAAACAAGGAGGAAAGAUCAUUUACGGUGGGCAGCUUGGCCUCCACUCGCGAACUCUAAUUGACUAUUUCCAGGGAAUUGUGGGGAUCCCUUCUAUUCCAAAUGGCUGCAACCCUGCAACCUGGAUGCUAGAGGUUACUGCUUCUGAUGUUGAGCAGAAGCUGCGUGCAGACUUUGCGGAGCUAUACAGAACCUCUCAGCAGUUUAGGGACGUAGAAGCUUCAAUUAUGAGUUUGAGUGCCCCUCCUCCAAGCUCAUUACCUUUAAACUUUGCCUCCACAUACACGACUGAUCCGUUGUCCCAGUUCCGGAUUUGCCUAAGAAAGCAAAUGCUUAUCUACUGGAGAAGCCCACAGUACAAUGCAGUAAGGGUGCUGCUAACUGUGAUUGUUGCUUUGAUAUUAGGCACUCAGUUUUGGGACAUUGGUUCACAAAGGGACACAACACGUGCUUUGUUCACUGUUAUGGGAGCUCUGUACUCCUCUUGCGUAGUCCUCGGGGUUAGCAACGCGUCCACGGUGCAGUCAGGAGUAUCAAUUGAGAGAACAGUGUUCUACCGCGAGAAGGCUGCAGGGAUGUACUCUCCCCUGGCUUAUGCUGCAGCACAGGGCAUUGUAGAGGUCCCAUACAUUGUUGUACAGACAAUUCUGUACAGCAUCAUUACGUACUUCAUGAUUAAUUUCGAGCGAGAUGCAGGGAAGUUCUUCAUGUACGUGGUGUUCAUGUUCCUCACAUUCUCCUACUUCACAUUCUUCGGGAUGAUGGCUGUCGGGCUCACCGCUACCCAGAGCCUCUCCGCGGUGGUCUCCUCUGCAUUCUACUCACUGUGCGACCUUCUCUCCGGUUUCCUCAUCUCCAGACAGUUCAUUCCAGUUUGGUGGAUCUGGUUCUACUAUAUCUGCCCUGUGGCGUGGACCCUGCAAGGAAUCAUCUCGUCGCAGCUUGGUGAUGUGGAGACCGUGAUCGAAGGGCCAGGGUUCCGCGGCUCGGUGAAAGAUUAUCUGAAGGAGAACUAUGGGUACGGGACGGAGAUGGUUGGACCUUCGAUCGCGGUGCUCAUCGGCUUCAACGUCCUCUUCUUCUCUGCCUUUGUCGCGUCUGUGAAAUUCAUCAACUUCCAGAGAAGAUGA